AUGGAGUGCCUCCGGGCUUCCGGCUCGUCAGCCCCGCACCCCGCCGCCGGCCCCGUCACCCGCUCCUCCCACUCCGCCGUCACCCCCGACGGCUGGCGCCUGUACCUCCGCCGCGUCGUCCGCGCCGGCGUCGCCGCGGAGCCCCAGCGCGAGUGCCCCGUCAUCCUCUGCCCCGGCCUCGCGUCUGGAGGGGUGGAGUCCUUUGACCUGGACCCGUCCGUCUCCAUGGCCCAACACCUGGCGGAGCACGGCUUCGACGUCUGGGUCCCAGAUCUGCGCGGCAACGGCCGCAGCGACAGGCCCAACUGGUGGGACCGGAAGACCUGGUGGACGGUCCACUGGCUCGGCCACUCCAUGGGCGGCAUGCUCGCCGUCGGCGCCCUCACCCGCGGCCUCGAGUGCGCGUCCGCGCUGCGCUCCGUCACGCUCCUCGGCAGCGGCUGCUUCGGCGCCGGCAGCUGGCACGCCGCCGUCGCGCCGCUGCUCACGCGGGUCACCGCGGCCGGCUUCUUUGCGGGCCACAUCGUGCCCCUCCUCGCGCGCCUGCGCGGCCCCGGCGCCCCGGUCGCGUGGCUCACGCGCUCGCUCUUCUAUGUCGGCGCAAACGUGCGGCCGGAGGUCGGGCGGAAGCUGCUCGGCAGUUUCCUCAGCUUCAUCCCCAGCGGCGUGGUGGCGCAGUUCAUGGGGUCGCUCAACAGCCCCCUGGGCAUAUCGUCAUCUGACGGCACCUGGAACUACGCAGAUCCAAAGGCGCUGGCGCACAUCUCCAUCCCUGUCUUUGGCAUCAACGGGGACCGCGACCUCUUUUGCCCCGCCGCCGGCGGCCUCAAAACCAUCAACCUCUUCGGCGGACCCCAUAGGCGAUUCCUGUUCCUGGGCCCAAGCUAUGGCACCACUGAGCACCACUACGGCCACUUCUGCCCCCUGGUGGGCCGCAACGUGCGCAGCGAGGUCUUCCCCCACAUAGAAGCGUUCAUGUCGGAGUUUGACACCGCCCCCACCGCCGCCCCCCGCGGCUCGCCGCCGCCGCCUCCCCUGCCCGUGGCCGUGGAUGGGCUGCGGCCCGGCGCCCUCUAG